GUAAGGUUGUCACAUCGAGGAGUGUUUAUUUAGCGAUUAGACGCAGUUUGAUGUACGUUAGAUAAGUGAAUGGAACGAAAAAACAAUAAUAAAUGCAAUUAGGAAUUUCUUCAUAAUUUAGUUCAAAAAAUAAACUUCACUUGGAUUGACAAUGGGUAAUAAUUACUCAGAUGGAACGAAUUACACAUACCAUUCAAUAUCUUGUGAUGAAAUGGAUAUAUGUCGAUGGGCAAGUUUUGAAUAUUAUCCUUUUAAAUGCGGAAGGAAGAGGCUGGUGUAUAAAGGAAUCUCAUUUGAAUCCAAACGUAUUUAUGAGAUGAAAGUACCGGUAGAUAAAACCCUUCAUGACAAAGGUAUUAAAACUAAGAAUAAGUGGAAGAAAAGCACAGACAAUAUGCAUAGUUCAUACUGGUCAAAAAGAAAAUGCGUCGUAAAAAAAGCAACAAAAAACGAUGUUAAAAUGAGAGACAAAAGCAAUACGGAAUCUCAGUGGUUUAGAAAAAUGUUCAUCAAAGGAAACGACAACAUCAGCUUGUUUAGAAAAGAACUUAAUAUGGACACAAAAAACAGAAUAGGUAUUGCUUUUGCUAAAUCUUAUCUGGCGCAGAUAGACAGCAUGCCAUCUGUAUGGAACCCAAUUUGUUACUAUUGUUGUAGAUACAAAAGUAGAUUUAGAAUGGAUAAUACUGUUUUGAUAGAGGACAGAAUAGAAGGAUCGUUUAGCCAUUUCAUAUUAGUCGACGGAACCUUAGAAGAUGACUGUCCUCCCAUUUUGAACGCUUUUCUCCAUUUUACGUACCACCAGAGUGAAGGACAAUUGGUGAUGUGCGACUUUCAAGGAGCUGUGGAAAAUAACAAAAUUCUUCAUCUUACCGUGCCAUCAGUUCAUUCAAUUGAUAGGUUAUUUGGACCAAAAGACCAAGGCGAAGAUGGAAUAAAAGAAGUGUUUUCGAACCAUAAAUGUAAUGAGCUAUGUCGAAAAGACUGGAUGAAACCGUAGAACGAAAACAAUACUUAAAUAAAAGCUAAGCUACAAUAAUCUGAAUGUGACAUAAAGAAAUUUAACAUUUCAUUUUUCUCCAGAAACACUUUAAAUCAAGAGUUUGCAGAGCAAACUAAAAGAUACAUGUAGGCAAAAGGUUGAUACAUAUAAAACGGAGCUAAAGGAAAUCGACUGUGGGAAAUUGAAUUUUAAUUUGUAAAAAAAAUAAUGUUUGAGAUUUUUUUUUAAAGUCUGCAACAAAUUAAAAAAAAACUUUUAUUACAACGACAUAAAACUACCCAUCAAAGCCUUUCUUUAAGAUUGGGUUCGUGUUGCUCAUUCUUUGGUUUAUAUGUUGUUUUGUG